CCGAUUCAGUUGAAGCUCAGCCGUCGGACUGUUUUGAACGUGGUUUUGCAGGGAUGCUGACGCUCGCUGCGGCAGCCAUCAAAUUAGCGAAGUUAUCGGGUCUCGUCCUGCACACACACUUACACACCCACCCACAAGCGCAGAGAAUCGGGUGCGCUGUUUCGCGAAUAAAUAUAAAUCUCGUACCGCCAGAAAGGACCAAUUAUCGAAAUCAAUAAGAGCUAAUUAGAAUAUACCUGCGCCAAUUUGGUUGGGGGUUUGAACUGCAUUGAGGUUUGCGUGCUGUUGGUUUUCAGAAUAAUAAAGGCAAAUAAAAUCAUGCGACUCACUCAGCGAGCAGCUGAUAUUGUUGCACACACACAAAAGGCUACACAACGGCUCCUCUUAGGCGAUUUAAUUGCCCCGUUCUCGUUUGGGGCAUACAUUAAAACCAGCAACUAAGUAUUUGCAAGUGGCCCAGUGUCUUCGUUGUGUGUGUGUGUGUGUGUGCGUGUUGUUGUUGUUGUUCGUGUGGCCCGGUGUGUGUAUUCUCGUUACCGUGUGUUUGUUUGUGUUUUGAUGGUCACGUGGUCAGUUCAAAGUUGGCUUGGCCCACUGCCUUCUUGUGCGUGACAAAAGUCCAGCAACAGUAGCAACAAUAAUAUUAGCAACAACAGCAGCAGCAGAAGCAACAGCAGCAGCAAACACAAAUAGCAACAACUGCAAUAAAGGAUUAUCCUGCGUGGGACAAAUUUAAAUUGCUCGCCAGCUGCUGCCACCGAGAAAAGCAGAGACAGGAGAAAAUCGAAAAUGUGCUUCCAUUAGAAGGACGGACGGAAAACUGAAACUGGUGAAGUCGGCGAGAAGAAAGAAAAACUGCAGCGCCAAAUCUGCAAACCAAAUCCAACUUAAGUCACAUCAAAUUAAAAUCAACAACCGGGCGAAGGUUGAACGAAGAACGAAGAUCCAAAAGGAAAAUUAUAAGAAAAAUAUAUAUAUAAAGACAGAGAAGGCGGGAGAAGGGGGGAAAAUGAAGUGCAAUAAAAGUCAAAUGGCCACGUUAACAAUGUGGAAAAUUUUUAUGGUCCUGCUUCUGGCCAUGGCACUGCUAAUGCCGGUCACAUUAGCGCGCCUGCAUUCCACUUCCGGCGUAGGAAUGUCCGGCGGAGGCAGCAGCAUGGGUCCUGGCGGAGGAGGAUCCGGCAGCGGAGGCAUAUCCUCGAAGGAUUCACACGUGAAAACGAAGGACAUUGAUGCCGUCGAGGGAAAAUCGGUGUCGCUGCCCUGUCCCAUUACAGAGCCACUGGAUAAUGUGUAUAUGGUGCUCUGGUUCCGCGAUAAUGCCGGCAUACCGCUCUAUAGCUUCGAUGUGCGCGAUAAGGAGAGCCGGGAGCAGCCCCGACAUUGGUCAGCCCCGGAGGUUUUUGGCUCACGUGCCAAAUUCCAUUUUGACUCGCAGCCAGCAACCUUGGAAAUAAAGGAUAUCAAGCGACAUGAUCAGGGUAUUUACCGCUGUCGUGUGGAUUUUCGCACCAGUCAAACGCAAAGUUUCCGUUUCAAUUUGUCAGUAAUAAUACUUCCGGAGCAGCCAAUCAUCCUGGACCGUUGGGGUCGUCAGCUGAAUGGGACUCAAUUGGGGCCCAAGCAGGAGGGCGAUGAUAUCGUUAUCACUUGUCGUGUGGUGGGCGGUCGGCCGCAACCGCAAGUCCGUUGGCUCGUAAAUGGACUGCUUGUCGACAAUCAAAACGAGCACAAUUCCGGCGAUGUUAUCGAGAACCGUCUGUUGUGGCCAUCGGUGCAGCGCAACGAUUUGAAUUCCGUAUUCACAUGUCAGGCACUGAAUACGCAAUUAGAUAAACCUAAGGAGAAGAGCUUCAUACUGGAUAUGCACUUGAAGCCUCUGGUUGUGAAAAUCCUGGAGCCGCCCAGCUCGAUGAUUGCCGAUCGGCGCUACGAGGUGUCCUGCGAAUCCUCCGGCUCUCGGCCAAAUGCCAUCAUCACCUGGUACAAGGGAAAACGGCAAUUACGACGCACAAAGGACGACAUAUCAAAGAACUCGACACGCUCCGAGCUGAGCUUUGUGCCGACCACAGACGACGAUGGCAAAUCGAUAACAUGCCGUGCGGAAAAUCCAAAUGUGAAUGGCCUGUAUUUGGAGACCAUGUGGAAAUUGAAUGUCGUUUAUCCUCCCUUGGUGACGUUACGCUUGGGCUCAACUUUGACACCGGAUGAUAUCAAGGAAGGCGACGAUGUUUACUUCGAGUGUCACGUACAAUCGAAUCCUCAAUGGCGGAAACUGUUGUGGUUGCAUAAUGGUAUUCAUCUGGAGCACAAUACAUCCGCCCGUGUCAUUCGCUCGAAUCAGAGCCUGGUACUCCAGAAGAUUACGAAGCACUACGCCGGGAACUAUGCGUGCAGUGCCAUAAACGACGAGGGCGAGACGGUCAGCAAUCAGUUGCCACUGCGGGUGAAAUACACGCCCAUGUGCAAGCACGCCGACCGCGUAAUAUUAAUUGGCGCCUCUAAGGACGAGACUGUUGAGGUUGUGUGCGAAAUUCAAGCCGAUCCGCCGCCGCGGACUUUUCGCUGGAAAUUCAACAACUCGGGCGAAACUCUGGACGUGGGCAGUGAACGAUUCAGCGUGAACGGCAGCCGCAGCAUUUUAAAGUACACACCAGUCACAGAUCAGGAUUAUGGCACACUGUCAUGCUGGGCCUCCAACGAGGUGGGCACCCAGCAGCACCCCUGCCUCUUCCAAGUCGUGCUAGCCGCACUGCCGAAUGCCGUCAGCAAUUGUACCGUCUUCAACAGAACUGAACUGAGUGUUGACAUACAGUGCAUACCGGGCUAUGACGGCGGCCUGCCGCAAAUAUUUGUACUCGAAAUGUUUUCAACACGCACCGGCAUCACCAGAUUCAAUUUGAGCAACGCCGAGGAGGCACUAUUUUCGCUGGAGAACCUGGACACCCUGACCUCGAUGAUGGUCCAGGAGAAUAAUUCGCUGCGGCUGCGCAUCUACUCGUACAACCAGAAGGGCCGCAGUGCCGCUUAUCUGCUACCCGAUUUCAUAAUUGGCUCAACAGCUUACAAGACAGACGACGAUGUAACACUGACAUUGUCGCCGGUGAUUGUCGGCAGUGUCCUGACCAUCAUAAUUAUUGGUGUGGCCAUCGCGAUACGAAUAUUCGUGGUGACAUUUGUGCACAAUUUGCGGCGGAAUCGUCAUCAUGGCAGCAAGGCCACCGCCGCCGGAGUAACCGCCCAGCCCAGCGAUGUCUUCAAGGGCGGAAACUUGGAGAAGCCGCGUUGGCAGCACACGGACAUAAAAACGAAAUCAUCAGAGGAUUUGGUUGAGGACGAACGUGAUCCGGACGUAAUACCAUCGCAAUACGUCGGUGGCAGCAGCGCCGGCAGCAGUGGCAGCAAUGCCUCCAACGUGGGCAGCACCACCGCUGGCACCGCCACCGGGAGCAGCACCUCCACGGCGGUGGUGGCCAACGCCAACGCGGCCGCGUCAGCGAUGUCAGGACCGGGAGGAGCUACAUCGUCAGCAUCUGCCACAGAUGGACAUCAGUUUGCAUCUGCCACAGCGGCGGCAGGAGGCGGGGCCUCCAAGUGGUCACCCAAUGGCAAUGUGACGACGACGAUGCUGACCGGCGAUGCGGUGAAUGCAACUGUCACCUACAAUCAAAUCAACGCGCAACGGGCGCAGCUGUUGGCGGCGGUGGCUGCAGUGGGCGGUGGAUGCAGCAGCACCGUAAUCUCGCCCAGCAGCAGCAUCCUGGGCGGCCUUGGCAAGCCGCUGGGCAUGGGAAUGGGCAUGGGCCUGGGCAUGGGAGUGGGUGGCACGGUCAUCGGGUCGCCCACGUCGCUAUCGUCGACAGCCACUUUGGCAGCCCACCUGCAGCCGGCGCACAGUAGCGGAGUGGGCACAUUGCCACCGGGACUCGGAAGCGGCGGUGGCUACAUACUGAACGCUUAUGCCAGCGGGCGACUGCACCAUCCACCUGGGGGUGGGGUGCCAGGCGGAGCGACCCACACCGCCACCCUGAACAGGCAUCACCACCAGCAGCAGCAGCUCCACCACCACCCGCACCACCAGCAGCCACACCACUCCGGCUCAAGUCUUUUGAUGGGAAGUGCUGGAAGCGUGAUGGGCGUUGUGGGAUCCACCACGACAGCCACCACCUCGUGUAACUCCUCGCAGGAUCUGGACGAUAACAUCAAUAUAAAUGCGAUUAAGGACUGCCUCAUGACGCAGCGAGUGCCCGAGAGUUGUGUCUAAGUCCGAGGGCUGGAUACGACGGAUCCGGAUACAUGUAUUUACUUUGCAGGAAUAUCAAUCUAUGUCAGACAGGACUGUUGAAGUUUUCACAUUCAUUUAAAUCUUAAAAAAAGAAAUAAUUUAUUAUUAUUUGUUGAAAAAUGUGUGAAAUAUGUAACUAUGUUAAUUUAUGUGGCUUGUGUUAUUUUCUUUAGAUCCCUACCUUUCAUUUAAGACCUUUCUAGGAAUAUGAAAACUCAAAUAGGCCUGUUUUCUUCUCGUUAAGGUGCUGUGCAUAUAAAACCCUAUAUUUAAGUGCAAUGUAAAUUCUGGGAGUGAAUGUCAUCAAGUUGCAGAAAGGAUCAUAUCUUCUGGUUCAAUAGCAUAUCCUUGUUAUAUCAAACUAAAAAUGAAAAAAUGAAAUAUCAGUGGGUAUCUUGAGAGUUAAUUUCUAUAUAUUUUUAAAGCUAAAACUGGCUCAAUGCCUGGCAUUUGAAAACAUGAAACUUGCUAACUGAAUUUGAAGAAGUAUAUUUCUUUCCCAACCAAUAUUGCAUAUGGUUAACUGGAUUAACAUCAUUUUACAACACAGUUAAACACACACUCUAAUUUAAGGAAACUUCAAAAAGACUCAAACGAUUUAGUAGCUAAAUAUUUUGUAGCUAAAACAUUUUCGGAAUGAAAAGUAAACACCAUAGGAAUACUUGUAUAUAAAAUAUAUAUACGUGGCAUAGUCAAUAGGUAAAUUGUAUAAAAGAAAAUAACAAGCACACCUAAAUAUCAUUUGUUGUUGUAUAUAAAUAUGAAUGAUUGUAAAUUUAUCAAAGUUUAUGUUUGAGUCGCCGUCUAAAACGGCAAAUGGUCCUGCUUAGAGCUACAAGAAAUACUGAAGUUAAAUGUUUAGAAUGGAAAGCGCUAGAUUAAGAUACAUUAGAUCAAAGAAAUUGAAAGAGUUUAAACUGUGCUAGGCUAACAGAAUUAAGCGUAAAUAUCAAUAAAUAUGUUAAGCUAAGUCGAAAGAUAGUGUGACAAAACAAAAUUGACUAUUUGGAAUGUAAACAAAGGGCGAAAAGUAAAUAUAGAUCAACUACAAAAAAACCAAAA